AAUUUUCCCUAAUUUCAGGUGACAUAUAAUAUCUAGCAACUUGGUUAUUUGGUUGCCGUUGGAUUUGCUGACUUCUCUGUCCUCAAGGGUUUAGGGCUUAUUAGAAACGGAAACGGAACCGGAACACCAGGAACAGAAAACAACCAAAAACCCAGCUGCUUCUCCAUUCACUUCACUUGUUUUCUCCUCCUUCAAUUCAAUUUCUUUUUUUUUUUUCUCUCUCGGAACGACGUUGUUUUCAAUCUGAUCGGAUCACAAACAAUGUUGCCAAGAUGUAGCAGAGCACUCGCCUCACUAAAAUACGUAACACAGAGAAACCAUUUUCAUUGCGUUUCUCGCCAAAGCUAUGCUAUGUCUUUUUCUUCUUCUGCUGCUGCUGUAGCUCCAGCUCCUACUCCUGCCAAACAGAUGGUAAAUUUGGAUAAAUUGUUCUGGUCUAAGCCUUGUUCUUUGGCUUUGGCACCGGAUUCCCCCCACAGAAUUGGGGAGCCGCAUUAUGAGGGCGUUAAGCGUUUGAUUCUCAAGCUCAUGUUGUUUUAUAGUAAACAAAGCAAGUCUAUUCGGGGCGCAAAUGUUAUAUAUCGGCGAGUUGUUGCACAGGUUGAUAAACCUACCAUUUAUGAUGUAUUUAAUAUGGAGAAAACCUUUAGAGUGACAUUUUCAUUGCUUGUACUUCAUAUGUGGUUUGUUCUGCGUCGCUUAAAAGAAGAGGGUAAGGAAGGUGUUGAGCUUGGUCAGUAUCUGUAUGAGAUCUACAAUCAUGACGUCGAGCUGAGAGUAUCCAAAGCUGGGGUUAACUUAUUGUUGUCAAAAUGGAUGAAGGAGUUGGAGAAAAUAUUCUAUGGAAAUAUUGUUGCUUAUGAUGCUGCGAUGCUUCCAGAGGCUAAACAGGAUGAGCUACAAAAUGUAAUAUGGAGGAACAUAUUUUCUGAUGAUGGUACUUCAAAGCCAGAUGCUACUGCAUUACGGGCAGUUCAGGCUAUGACAAGGUAUGUCCGUCGGGAAGUCAGUUGUCUGUCUCUAACUGACAAAGAAGCUAUGUUUUCUGGGAAUUUUAUGUUCAGCCCCUUGGAGACUACCGCAUCUGGUCCAUUGAGAAAGUAAAAUGAAAGGCACAAACUGAGAAUCCAUUAAUCCAUAAUGGAGAUUAUAUUGAAAGCAUUCUUACAGAAGGAGAAAGGGAUCACACAGUCUCUCUUGUUAAUUUACCAUCGUAAAGUAGGUGCACUGUCAUUUCAAAUGGUUUUAUAUUUAAGUGGUUUUAUCAUAAAGCGACUGAGCUGAUCACUGUUGAAAUUUGUUCGCGGUUACUGAUUGCCUAACUGUAUUAUAGUUGAACCCAAUUUUUUUCAAUGAACAGCCUGCCAUAUACUGCACUUGAAAUCUAUAAUAAGGUGAAAGAAUCGUGCACUUGGCAAUGUUACUUCUUUGUAAUUAUAGCAGUUAACAGAACAAAUUUCUAAUA